GCGACGUUUGUCUUUUGGCAGCCCUUUUUGGAGAGGGAAGAAAAGUUGCCGUAGGAGAAAAAAGUAAAGACCAACAGCAGCAGCAACAGCAGCGCAAGGCAGCAAAGGGACGGCCGAGAAGAGAAAAAGUCGGAAAACGAUACCAAAACGGCGAGCAGAAGGUGAAAAAAGCGACACCAGCCCAAAGUUUCCAGCGACGGCUACCAGCAGAAUGACGCUGCCGAGCAGUGCCCGGGUGUACGCGGAUGUAAAUUCGCAUAAACCACGUGAAUAUUGGGACUACGAGAACUACAUCGUCGAUUGGGUGAACCAGGAUGACUACCAGCUAGUGCGGAAAUUGGGCCGGGGCAAGUAUAGCGAGGUGUUCGAGGCGAUCAAAAUGACGAGCAACGAGAAGUGCGUGGUGAAAAUCCUGAAACCGGUCAAGAAGAAAAAGAUCAAACGCGAAAUCAAGAUCCUCGAGAAUCUCCGGGGCGGCACCAACAUCAUCACGCUGCUGGCGGUGGUAAAGGAUCCGGUCUCCCGCACACCGGCACUCAUCUUCGAGCAUGUGAACAACACCGACUUCAAGCAGCUCUACCAAACGCUCAGCGAUUACGACAUCCGGUACUAUCUGUACGAGCUGCUGAAGGCGCUCGACUACUGCCACAGCCUGGGCAUCAUGCACCGUGACGUGAAGCCACACAACGUAAUGAUCGACCACGAGAAUCGCAAGCUGCGCCUGAUCGAUUGGGGCCUGGCCGAGUUCUACCAUCCGGGCCAGGAGUACAACGUGCGGGUGGCGAGCCGCUACUUCAAGGGUCCGGAGCUGCUGGUCGACUACCAGAUGUACGACUACUCGCUCGAUAUGUGGUCGCUCGGCUGCAUGCUGGCGUCGAUGAUCUUCCGCAAGGAGCCGUUCUUCCACGGUCACGACAACUACGAUCAGCUGGUGCGCAUCGCGAAGGUGCUCGGUACCGAGGACCUGUUUGCCUAUCUGGACAAAUACAACAUCGAGCUGGAUCCGCGCUUUAACGACAUCCUGUCGCGCCACUCGCGCAAGCGAUGGGAGCGCUUCGUGCACUCGGAGAACCAGCAUCUGGUGUCGCCGGAAGGGCUCGACUUUCUGGACAAGCUGCUGCGCUACGAUCACUUCGAGCGCUUGACCGCGCGGGAGGCCAUGGAUCAUCCGUACUUUGCCAUCAUCGUCAACGGGCAGAUGCCGCCACCGCCGACCUCCACCACCAAGGGUGGCACCAACUAAAUAUGCGCCCUGCCCUCCUCCGUCAUGUCCGUCUCGGCGCGCUGCCACCGCCCGUGCGUCGCCACACCGUCACCGAUAGUGCAGCGCGAGCGUUUCUACCGUUGGCAGCAGACGAAGGGCAGCAGCACCCAGCGUCGAUCCCCGUUGUUGAUGUCCGGCAUGUCCGGCCUUUUCCCCGUGGCUGUUGGUGGUGGUGGUGCAGGAUCGCGUUUCACACGGAUGCUGCUGGUGGGCGGGUGCGGUGCGUCGCUGCUUACCAGCAACUAUUGGCGGACGGUGGGCGGUAUGCGGCCGCUGCUGGGACGGUUAUGACCGAGCGCCGGGGAGGUGUCGAGCGAAAAUGAAGAGUAAGUAGCGCGCUUAAAACGAGUAACGAGUUUGAGAGACACAUGUGUAUGACGGUGUGUGUGUGUGUGUUUGUGUGUGCGAGUGUGGAUGGUGUGUUUGUGUGCACGCACACGUACUUUAACCAGAGGCACGUAUCCAGUGCGGGCGCGCACACAACAGACACACAACAUUCGCAGAGCUAAAAUCGGCAUAUUGAUGAUGAACAAACAAGCAAACAGUAACAGCAAGGAUUAAAAUAACAAACAAACAAAAAAAGCUGGUAAAAGGAGCAGAAGAAGAAUAGCCCGAAAAAGUUUGAAAAAAAAGGGAAUAUUUUAGAGUAGAUUCUCAAAUGCUAAACGGGAGAAUUUAAUAUGUAGCAGGAAAAAAGGAAGAAAAAAAACACAUAAAUAAUUGAGGGAUAGUUGCAAAACGCGAACGCAAGGAAGGAUGGUUUGGGAAGAGAAGGAAGGAGAGAGAGAGAGCGAGAGAGGGAGAGAAAUAUGGGGUAAGGACAGCGAUUUAGGAGGAGGAGGAGGAGGAGGAGAUACGCAAAACAUAAGCAGAACCUUUCAUGCAUCUUUCCCCCCGAUUUGUACACCCCAUCAUCUCCACAGCGCCAGACCACAGAAACAAUAGGUAUAUUGUUACAUACGUAUAAUAACAUCAGUUAGUGCGAAGGAAGGAAACAGCCCCAUUCAUGCUGGAAGGUGAAGGUACCACUCUAACGGAAAGCAGUUAAAAAAUCCAAACGACAUGAACCGCUGUGUUGUGGUGUAGGCAUCAUCAUCUCCUUUCAGCGGACCGCCAACAGCUGUAGGGACGAACGAACUUUUGCAGCACUAGAAUCAAUGCGACAUUUCUUGCUGGCAGUAUAGGAAACAAACUAAUGCAACAACAUCAUCAUCCCUAUCCAUAGAGCGUACACAGUGAGUGGUAAAUAUAAACAAAAAGGAUUAAUUCGACCAUAUAGUACAGUGCUGUUGAAGUUUGAGUUCCCUUCAUCCACAAAACCGCACGAACCGUGGGGUUGCUUUGGUUGCGAACCAGGAGUAGGCCAGGUGUUUUCCCUGACAACGGCGUGCGGUUACGAUAGGAGUGCACACACACACACACAUCUAGUGGUCCGGUGGAUUGCAAAGAUUGUUGUGUCUCGCACUGCACAUUGUUUUAAACAUGUGGACAUGAGUUGCUCUGGAAACCUGGAAAUCACACAUUGGAUGUGCAUACAGCUACUGCAAUAGGUCAAUCGUAUGAGUAGAGCAGGCAAUCGAAGAAAAAAAAACAACCAUCACCGAUAGCGAUCGGGGUCGAUUAGCAUUAGCAAAAUUGAGCACCAUUUUUUCCAACCAUCCGGCCUCUGCUUCUCCUCCCCCGGGGUGCUGUGUGGGUGCGAUGCGUGAGCGUAUCGGACGCUGCACUAAUUAUCGUUAUCGAUCGCGAAGGGCCGGUUCCGAUGGUGGUGUGUGGUAAGCGAGGGAAAGGAAGCAGCAGGAAGGAGUGCAGAAAAGUUGCAAAGAGGAGAAGCUUUAUGUUUUUUUUCUGUAGUAGAUGGAUAGAAUGGUGGUUUUAGUAUCGCUAGAAGAAGGUUGCGUGUGUCCUCUACAUCUUCAACCUUAUAUACAUACACAGACAGACAAGCAAGGUAUUGAAUUUUUUUUUCUUUUGUUUCACCGCCACCCCCCUCCUGGGUUGUAAAAUUGACAUGUGUAACUAGCUAAA